AGAUUUUCACAAUCUGGUCGAAGCCCCCCGCCUUUCCUCCAUGGCUGCUGCAUUAACCUCUUCGUUAGCUUUGUCACCCUCCACAUUCAGAGGAGGCCCUGAGCCCUCGAAACCUAAAUUCCUCAACUUUUGCUCAAAACACACAAAUUUGGCUUUUGCCAUUUUACCUUACACUCAUUGUCGUCGGCACAAAACGUUGAGGAUAUUGGCCUCUGUUUCAGUCUCCAACCCCCAAGCGCUGACCGGUCCCGAAGAGCUCUCUGCGUCUAUUCUUUCCAAGGUGACACAUUCUGAUAGAGGAGUUUUGCUGAAAAAGGAAGAACAAGAAGAGGUAGCUGAAGUGGCCGAGAAAUUGCAGAGCUUUUGCGUUAGUGAACCAGUGAAAUGCCCUCUUAUUUUCGGAGAUUGGGAUGUGGUGUACUGUUCAGUGCCAACAUCACCCGGGGGUGGCUACAGAAGUACGUUAGGCCGCCUUGUUUUUAAAACGAAGGAGAUGAUUCAAGUUAUUGAAGCUCCUGACAUUGUCAAAAACAAAGUCUCCUUCUCUGCUUUGGGGUUCUUGGAUGGGGAAGUCUCUUUAACAGGAAAGUUGAAGGCUUUAGACAAUAAAUGGAUCCAAGUUAUAUUCGAGCCACCAGAACUGAAGGUUGGUGCAUUGGAGUUCCGAUACGGCGGUGAAAGCGAGGUUAAACUCCAGAUCACAUACAUAGAUGAUAAGGUCAGGUUGGGGAAGGGCUCUAAAGGUUCACUUUUUGUUUUCCAAAGACGUGGUAAUUCCACUUGAAAUGGUUAUUGUGAGACAAGAACCGUUUUCCAUGAAAAAUGUAACGCUUAAUGAUGCAAACAGAUGUGUGAUAUCUCAAUGCUAUUAUUGUACAUUUGAAGCUACUUUGAUACGACUGAACAUGUUAGAUCAA